AGCGCUAGCGAGCGCAGGAGAGCCAGAGCGCACAGCAGAGCACUAUCUGGCAGCCAGCUGAUCUGUGCUGUGGUAUUCUGAGCUUAGAGGUUGGAAAAGGAGAGAACAGAGUCAGGGACAGAGAGAGAGAGAGAGAGAGAGAGAGAGAGAAGAGAGAGAGAAGAGAGACAGGGAGAGAGAGAGAAGAGGUUGACUGUUCUCUAUUUUGAAGUGUCGUGAGGUGAAAGAGGAAGCAGAAGAACUCCACAUCAACAGUAGAGUGUGGGAGUGUGUGUUGCUCACACACGUGCACAUGUGAGUGUGUGUGCGUGUGUCUGCGCAGUUGGGUGAACUCAGAGCGAGAGAGAGACAGAGCGCGCGCAAGACAGGAGUUCCGCUUUUGAGAAGAAGGAAGCUGAAGAAAACAGCAUGAAGAGAGCAGCCCUGAGACACCUCACAGGGACCAUGUGAAGAGAGAGAGAGAGAGAGAGAGGGGAGAGAGACAGAGAGAGAGAGAGAGAGAGAGAGAGAGAGAGAGAGGAGAGAGAGAGAGAGAGAGAUCCACGUGUGCCCUGCUGGACAAACAUCUGUGGACAGCACAGAGUGAGAGAGUGAGAGAGGAAAAAAGAAGGGGAAAAGUGAGUCACUCACAGCCCGGUGGAUUGCAGCCGUAUUGCGUGGAUCCAGACGACGAGAGCGCGAGAGGCAGAGAGAGAGAGGGAGAGAGAGACAGAGAGAGCGAGGGAGCCAGAGGGAAACAGAGGGAAAGGGUGCGAGCUGAAGUCAAGGUCCUGAGCGCAGCGGGCUGUCGUGAAGAUGUCGUGGCUGUCGCCCGUGUCGUGGGCCAAGUGGACGUGGUCAGCAGUGCGUGGAGGAGCGGGAGAGGGGGAGGAGGCCCCACAGGAGGCCAGCGAGGUGGACGCACCCGAGGCCGACGAUGAGAGGUCUCAGGGCUUCAGCUCGGAUUCGGAGGGUCACUUUGAGACCCCAGAGGCAGAGACGCCUGUGCACCCGUCCAUGAAGUUCCCAGGUGGAGGGCUGGAGACCACAGCCGAUCCUUCACUGGAGGAUGAGGGGCAGAUGACCCAGGGCACUGCUGAGGUUCCGAAGGCCCGUCUGGACCAGAAUCAGAACUCCAAGAAGGAUGAGCCUCUUUCGGUUCCACCGGCUGGUUCUGCUCUCUCGGGCCUGCUGGACGGUUCUGCUGAGGUGGAACAGCCCUUGACCCAGAAUCACACCAUGGUGGUGGAGCCGGUAGAACCUCCCAUAGGUUCUGAUGGUGAAGGGGCACUGGAGAGGAGUGAUGAGCUGUGUAAUGGACUCCUGGCCAAAGGCUCCACAAAAUCACAGCCCAGGUCACGCAAAGCCAGACCCCCAUCUCUGAAGAUGAGGACCUCCCAUAAUGCCCCGGACCCUUCUGAAGUGGACGAUGAACCGCCAGCUCCUCAGGCUGACUACGCCUUUGACCCGGAGCUCUGCGACGAGAACUUCGACCCUUUCAAAAGUGGAGGGUCCAAACUGCAGAGCUCCCAGCCCCCCUGUGCCACGGUUAGCCAAUCAGAGCCAGAAGCCGAGCCCUCUGAGGUGGCCCCACAGGACGCUCAGCCAGUAAAAAUGGAGUUUGGCUUGAGUGACAGCGAGCUGAAGAAGGCUCCGCCAAGGAAGCUGGGUAAGAAGCCGGUGAGUAAGUUGCCCUCAUCCAGGAAAUCCAGGUCGAAAGUGACCGAAACUGUCGCUGCGGAACCCGCCGCAGACUCCUCGUCCUCUCAACUGGCGCCAGCGUCAGCCGUUGGGUCCACUGCACCCCAAAACCUGGACGACAUCCCCAUUCCCAAAACCUCUUACAGCUUCGACCCCAGCCAGUGGGACGACCCCAACUUCAACCCCUUCGGUGGGGGCGCCAAGAUGAACAGCUCCCCCGUGCUCCCCAAGGGCGGCUACACCUUCGACCCGGACAAUUUCGAUGACUCUGUGGACCCCUUUAAGCCCUCCAAGACACUAGGGGGCGCCGGUGACCUGUCCGACACUGACCGGCUGGCAGAGAAGCCGGCCAAAGCGAAACUAGACUGCCCCCUAGAGGAGGACAGGAAAGCACGUCAGUCUCCGAAGAAGAGCAAAGACAGGAUUAUCACGACCACAGAGCAAGUCCAGUUUCUCUGUUUUCUGUUGAACUCAUGCAAAGUGAAGAAGUAUGAUAAUCAUCAGGCCUUGGUCCUGGAUGUGUGCAAUCAGGAGGAGGGUUCUGAGGAGAGCCAGGUGCCCGAGAUCACCCACCGGGUCCGCCACGCCACUGACGAGGAGAAGCUGGCCUCCACCGCCAAGAGCCACAAGGGGGAGCUGGAGAGCGAGCUGUCCGACUGCUCCAAAGGCUCUUCAGGUGGCAAGACCAAAACGGUUACCGACCUUGAAGAUGGGAUAACCGACCACUUUGAUGAGAAAGACUCUUGCAGCCCCAGCGACGAGCCCAUAAAGACACACUGCCUGGGGAAGACAGGAAAUUACCUCAUGGAGAAAGGAAGUCCUGGUCUGGACUCCAUACCCCUGAGUGAGAUGGACAAAGCAGCUGUGCUCACACUCAUCCGAGAGGAGAUAAUCACCAAGGAGAUCGAGGCCAACGAGUGGAAGAGGAAAUAUGAGGAGAGUCACAUGGAGGUCAUCGAGAUGAGGAAAAUAGUUGCAGAGUAUGAGAAGACAGUGGCACAAAUGAUCGAGGACGAGCAGCGUAAGAACAUGGGCUCUCAGAAGAGUGUCCAGCAGCUGAUCAAUGAGCGGGACCAGGCACUAGCUGACCUCAACUCUGUAGAGCGCUCGCUCUCCGACCUCUUUAGACGCUACGAGAACAUGAAGACUGUCCUGGAGGGCUUCAAGAAGAAUGAGGAGGUGUUAAAGAAGUGUGCACAGGAGUAUCUGGGCCGAGUGAGACAAGAGGAACAGCGCUAUCACACACUCAAACUGCACGCCGAGGAGAAACUGGACAAGGCUAAUGAGGAGAUUGCUCAGGUGCGCACCAAGGCCAACUCUGAGAGUGUGGCUCUGAACGCCAGCCUCAGGAAGGAGCAGAUGAAGGCUGAGUCCCUGGAGAGGGCACUGCACCAGAAGAAUCAAGAGAUUGAGGAGCUGACUAAGAUCUGCGAUGAGCUGAUCGCUAAGCUGGGAAAGACGGACUGACUGACCCCUGCAGUGUACAGUAGAGUUAGCGCUACAGCUGCAACGACAGCUACCCAGCCCUGCAUCACACUGUUCCCUCUCCACACCUUACCAACAACAGAACUGAACCCUGUACACACACACGCACAUGCACAUACAUGCUUACAGUUCAUACCCCAGAACACACCUGUAAAUCCAUCUGGAUCUCUUGCUGAUGUUUUUCCAAAACAAGCGGACUAAGCCCCCACCCAACCCCACCCAGACCCAGACAUCUAAUAUAUACAAACUCAAUCUGAUAACUAAAUAUCAGACAUAAUAAAAAUAUAUACGCAAGAAAGCAAACUAGAGAACAGGUUUUAGUAGGGAAGAGAGCACCUCCCUGUUGGUGUCCGACAAGCCCUCCAGUUCUGUACAGUAUGCAUGCAUGCAAAAGAGGGGGAGUAGUAGACCAAAGUCUUGCAUAUCCUCCUGCAUAUCUUAAUCUACUGACCACUCCAGAGGGCAUCUGUUACUAGUGAUGUGGACCAGAUUUUUUGGCUGUGGAGACAGCUGUUCAAAUAAGGGGUUUGGGAAGAGUGUGUGUGUGUGUGUGUGUGUGUGUGUGCGUGCGUGCGUGCGUGUGUGUGUGCGCGCGCGUGUGUGUGUGUGAGAGAGGGAGAGAGCGAGUGAGAGAGAGAGAGAAAGAGUGAAAUAGAGAGAGAGAGGACAUAUUUGUUUGUGUGUGUGUGUGUGUGUGUGCAUGUACCUGCGUGCAUGCAUGUGUGUGUGUUUUUGUUCCUUCUGACUGCCCACUAGUGUAUGUUGAGGGGCUGUUUGCUUGUAGUUUACAUGACUGCUGCUAAUCUACAUGUGUGUGUGUGUGUGUGUGUGGGGAACAUCAAAUUAAUCACUUCUGUUAUUUCGGUUCUCCAAAAGCUCAUCACUUCUGUUCUGUUAUUUCGGUUCUGUAAGACUAGAUAUUUGAACGUGUCACUUUGUUUGUGUUUGGUUCUUUAAUGCAGAACACAUAUUCAUGGUUUUGUUCAAAGUAUGAAGUCUGGAAUAUCAGCUGUCUGAUAAACUUCAGGUUAUCACUGUAAAGUUGACGUACUGAACAAAUUAA